ACUUUGGGCCAGAUUAUCAGGACAUGAUCCCAUUGACCACUGCUGUGAAGUCAGUUGACCUUUGGAAGUCGGUCAGUAAAAAGUAAAAGCAGUGCCGAAAUGUUGUGACUGUUUAAAAUCCGGUUUUAUGAGGUCCUGAGUGAAGUGGCACCAACAUCUGGUUUAGUUUGACAGUAGAUUUGGGAGGAAAGUGCAGAUAUGUUCUUCCUGUUCUCUUGGAUCAGGGGAAUUUUUGAAUGGACACCUUUGGACUCAAAUCCUGUUGACUGCUUUCUUCGAGGACUAGUCAGCGCUUGUGGAGUGUCCGUUCUGUACAAUCUGCUGAGAGUAUACCAUUUCAUUCAAACAUGCAGGGAUUCAGAAAUAUCUGGAGGUGAGAGUGAACAGAAGCCCUCCUCACCAGAAACCCCCCUGAGGAGCAGCUGGAGAGCAGCUCUUCAGUUCUGGAGUCUGUCUUUUGUUUUGUCUGUGGUUGGCUCCAGAGUAUCCUCACUCAUAGUGCUUGAGUUUCUGCUCAGAGCUGUUUCUGCCUGGAUGUCAGCCGGAUUGAAUGCAGGUGUCGGAAGUUUGGAUUUGCUUCUCAUUCAGUGUCAGUUUUCCUUGGGCUGCAGCCUCCUCUGCACUUUAGCUUUCCUCCAUCAGGGGGCUCUCCACAGCUCCCUGAGCUUGUUGCUGGCUGCUGGCCUCAGUUGGGUCGUGGCGAGCUACAGCAGCAGUCUUUGGAGCCAUGCAGCCAGACUCUACGCUCUGCACAGCACAGAGCGUUACUGUGGAAAGUGCAUCCACCUUCUGACCUCUGGACACACCUUACUGGCUUCGCUGCAGCGAGCGGUCGUCUUGGCCUUCGCAGUAGGGACUGUGGCUUCUGCCUCCACCGUCUAUGAACACUUCCUAUUCCACAAAGAUGCUAUAAAGUUCUGGACUCCGCUGACUCUCUGCUACACUAUGCUGGUGGUUUUCACUCAAGAAGCUCAGCAAAAGCAGGCGGGGAUGGAGAAGCUCCUUCACACUGUGGUGAUGCGGUUGGGAGGCCUGCUGGUGCUGAUGCUGACAGUGGGGAACUGGUCGGAUGUCCUUCACGUCCUCGUCUCUUUUUGGGGGGAAGCAGUCUGUCUGCUGUCCUCCCGGGAUCUGCUGCAGGCUGUGCUGCAGGAUGAACAAGAGACCAGCUUAAGUAACAACGAAGAGACGUCCAGCCACAGGACAUGAGAGAAGAAACUUCGGUCAGAAGAGACUGCAUCAAAACACUUUUAGUUACCCUUAAGUGUUGAUGAAACAGAAAUCUGUUGGUCACUGCAGAGAUGUAAAUGUGAAUCUUGGUUACUGGUAGUUGUUUUGGGCUGAAGCGCCAAUAAAAGCAAAUAUUUAAAAGAAA